GGUUCCCCUCACCCCCUCAGACACUUCCUAGAGCUUUGUCUAGCAGGGUCGGAGCAGGGACCCUGACUAGCCGAAGGCAAGAGUUCUCCUCCACGAAGACGCGCAGAGUAGCUUCUCCACCCUGAGAAAUCUGGUCCGGCUGCGUAGAGUGGCGGCGGUGGAGGGGCAGUUUGUUUUGAGCACCAAGUGCCGCACACCCGGAAGUGGCGCGAUACGGGAGCCGCGCUGCCGGCGGGGGCGGGUGCCGGGAACCUGGAGGUGGAGGGAAGGCCGCGGUGCUCUGGCAACUUGACUUUGACUCCUUACCUUAAAAGAUGCUGGAGUCAUAUGUAACUCCAAUUUUAAUGAGCUAUGUGAAUCGCUACAUCAAGAACUUAAAGCCGUCGGAUCUACAGCUUUCACUAUGGGGCGGAGAUGUGGUACUCAGCAAGCUCGAGUUAAAGUUGGAUGUGUUGGAACAGGAACUGAAAUUACCAUUCACCUUUUUAAGUGGACAUAUUCACGAAUUGAGGAUUCAUGUACCAUGGACAAAACUGGGCUCAGAACCUGUGGUAAUUACCAUCAACACUAUGGAAUGCAUUUUGAAACUUAAGGAUGGAAUACAGGAUGACCAUGAAAGCUGUGGUUCUAACUCUACCAAUCGUAGUACUACGGAGAACACAAAAUCAUCAAUCAAGCCCCGGAGAAUUCAGCACGCUGCUCCUACAGAUCCUGAUUUACCACCAGGUUAUGUGCAGAGUCUGAUUAGACGAGUUGUGAAUAAUGUAAACAUUGUGAUAAAUAAUCUCAUACUAAAAUAUGUUGAAGAUGAUAUUGUUCUUUCAGUCAACAUCACUUCUGCAGAGUGUUAUACAGUAGGUGAAUUAUGGGAUCGUGCAUUCAUGGAUAUUUCUGCAACUGAUUUGGUGCUGAGAAAGGUUAUCAAUUUUUCUGACUGUACAGUUUGUCUUGAUAAACGGAAUGCCAGUGGUAAAAUAGAAUUUUACCAGGAUCCUUUAUUGUACAAAUGUUCCUUCAGAACUCGUCUUCACUUUACAUAUGAUAACCUAAAUUCCAAGAUGCCGUCUGUUAUUAAAAUUCAUACUUUAGUAGAAAGUUUGAAACUUUCUAUCACAGAUCAACAGCUGCCUAUGUUUAUUCGUAUAAUGCAACUUGGAAUUGCUCUUUACUAUGGAGAAAUAGGCAAUUUUAAAGAAGGAGAAAUAGAGGACCCUACUUGUUACAAUAAAGAUAUGCUAGGAAACAUUACAGGUUCUGAAGAUGAAACAAGAGUAGAUAUACAAUAUCCUGCUCAAUAUAAAGUUCAAGAGCUAUAUGCACAGCAAGAUGAGGAGCAGCCACAGGGAUGGGUAUCGUGGGCCUGGUCCUUUGUGCCUGCAAUUGUGAGUUAUGACGAUGGUGAGGAAGACUUUGUUGGGAACGAUCCUGCAUCAACCAUACAUCAACAAAAAGCACAGACUUUGAAGGAUCCUAUUGUUUCUGUAGGAUUUUAUUGCACAAAGGCAACGGUGACUUUCAAACUCACAGAAGUGCAAGCUGAGAGUAGUUACUACAGUCCACAGAAAGUAAAAUCUAAAGAAGUAUUGUGUUGGGAACAAGAAGGAACUACAGUUGAGGCCCUUAUGAUGGGAGAACCUUUCUUUGAUUGCCAGAUUGGGUUUGUUGGUUGCAGAGCCAUGUGCCUUAAAGGAAUUAUGGGUAUUAAAGAUUUUGAAGAGAAUAUGAAUAGAAGUGAAACUGAAGCCUGUUUCUUCAUUUGUGGCGAAAAUUUAAAUACGAAAGGGUUCACAUACCUUACGAAUUCAUUGUUUGAUUACAGAAGCCCAGAAAAUAAUGGUACUCGUGCAGAAUUUAUCUUGGGUUCAACUCAUCAUAAGGAGACGUACACUGAGAUAGCUGGAAUGCAACGGUUUGGGGCUUUUUAUAUGGAUUACCUGUAUACAAUGGAGAGCACAAGUGGCAAAGGUUCUACAAAUCAACAAGACUUUUCUUCAGGGAAAAGUGAAGAUUUGGGAACAGUUCAGGAGAAGUCCACCAAAAGCCUUGUUAUAGGUCCUCUUGAUUUUCGUUUGGAUAGCAGUGCGGUGCAUAGGAUUUUGAAAAUGAUUGUGUGUGCCUUGGAACAUGAAUAUGAACCAUAUAGCAGGCUAAAAUCAGAUAUUAAAGAUGAAAAUGAAGCAAUACUGAAUCCUGAAGACGUGGCUUUUCUAGAGGAAUAUAUUCCUACUCGACAUACAAGUGUUACUCUCCUCAAAUGUACUUGCACAAUUUCCAUGGCUGAAUUCAACUUGCUGGACCAUUUGCUACCUGUCAUUAUGGGAGAAAAGAACUCCAGUAACUUCACGAAUACUACUAACUUCCAGUCUCUUCGGCCUUUACCAUCCAUUCAAAUAUUGGUGGAUAAAAUUAAUCUGGAACAUUCAGUGCCCAUGUAUGCUGAACAGUUGGUGCAUGUGGUCAGCAGCCUUACUCAACCUUCUGAUAACCUGCUUCAUUAUUGUUAUGUACACUGCUGUCUUAAGAUAUUUGGUUUCCAGGCAGGACUGACGUCUUUGGAUUGCAGUGGAUCUUACUGCUUACCUGUACCGAUUAUUCCCUCUUUCAGCACUGCUGUUUAUGGUAAACUUCUGAAACUCCCCACAUGCUGGACCAAAAGAUCUCAGAUUGCUAUAACUGAAGGUAUAUUUGAACUUCCUAACCUCACACUUCAAGCUACAAGAGCACAGACACUUCUCUUGCAAGCAAUAUAUCAAAGUUGGUCUCAUAUUGGAAAUGUCAGCUCUUCUGCAGUGAAUGAAGCUUUGAUAAAUGAAAUCUUCCUAAGUAUAGGUGUGAAAUCUAAGAAUCCCCUGCCAACUCUUGAGGGCUCAAUCCAGAAUGUUGAAUUGAAGUACUGCAGCACAUCAUUGGUCAAAUGUGCCUCUGGGACCGUGGGAUCAAUAAAAAUUUGUGCCAAAGCCCCAGUUGAUAGUGGAAAAGAGAAGUUGAUACCCUUGCUUCAGGGUCCUUCUGACACUAAAGACCUUCAUAGCACCAAGUGGCUCAAGGAGAGUAGAAAGCCAGAGUCCCUCUUAGCUCCAGAUUUGAUGGCCUUCACAAUCCAAGUUCCACAAUACAUUGACUACUGCCACAAUUCCAGUGUUGUGCUUCUUUGCAGUGUACAAGGACUAGCAGUUAAUAUUGACCCAAUCUUAUAUACAUGGCUCAUCUAUCAGCCUCAGAAACGAACAAGUAGACAUAUGCAACAGCAACCUGUGGUAGCUGUUCCUCUUGUUAUGCCAGUUUGUAGAAGGAAAGAGGAUGAGGUGUCUAUUGGAAGUGCACCCUUGGCAAAGCAACAGUCAUAUCAGGCCUCUGAAUAUGCCAGCAGCCCUAUAAAAACAAAAACAGUAACAGAAUCCCGCCCAUUGUCAGUUCCUGUUAAAGCUGUGUUGAAUAUAUCUGAAGGCUGUAGAAGUCCUGAAGAAAGAAUGAAGGAAUUUAUUGGAAUAGUUUGGAAUGCAGUGAAGCAUCUCACACUACAGCUUGAAGUACAAUCUUGUUGUGUAUUUAUUCCAAAUGAAAGUCUGCCUUCCCCAAGUACAAUUGUAUGUGGUGACAUUCCUGGAACAGUAAGAAGUUGGUACCAUGGACAGACCAGCAUGCCAGGAACACUUGUCCUCUGUUUGCCUCAAAUAAAGAUUAUUAGUGCUGGGCACAAGUAUAUGGAACCUCUGCAGGAGAUCCCAUUUGUUAUCCCACGACCCAUCCUUGAAGAAGGUGAUGCUUUUCCUUGGACUAUCAGCUUGCAUCAUUUCAGCAUAUAUACCCUUCUUGGAAAACAAUUGACACUUUGCCUAGUGGAACCUAUGGGUUGCACCUCCACUCUAGCUGUCACAUCUCAAAAACUACUUGCUACCGGACCUGAUACACGACAUUCAUUUGUUGUCUGUCUCCAUGUUGACCUAGAGUCACUAGAGAUAAAAUGCUCUAAUCCCCAGGUCCAGCUUUUCUGUGAACUAACUGAUACCAUGAAUAAGGUCUGGAAUAAGAUUCAUAGGAGAGGCAAUCUUAACCUAUCUUCAAGCUCUCCAGAGACCAUGGCAGGGCCUGUUCCUACUUCUCCAGUUAGAAGCAGUAUAGGCACAGCUCCUCCAGAUACCAGCACAUACAGCCCAUCUGCUGACAUUGGGACUACUACUGAGGGAGAUUCUAUACAAGCAGGUGAGGACUCACCAUUCUCAGAUUCUGUGACCUUGGAACAAACUACAAGUAAUAUUGGUGGAACCAGUGGACGUGUUAGUCUAUGGAUGCAGUGGGUGCUUCCCAAAAUAACUAUAAAGCUGUUUGCUCCAGAUCCUGAAAACAAAGGCACAGAGGUUUGUAUGGUCAGUGAACUAGAAGAUCUCAGUGCUUCCAUAGAUGUCCAGGAUGUAUAUACCAAAGUGAAAUGUAAAAUAGAGAGUUUCAAUAUUGAUCACUAUAGAAGCAGGCCAGGGGAAGGUUGGCAGUCAGGACAUUUUGAAGGAGUAUUUCUACAAUGCAAAGAAAAACCUGUGACAACUACAAAACUUCUAGAUGGCACUCAUCAGCAGCAUGGAUUCCUCUCUCUGACAUACACAAAAGCUGUAACAAAAAAUGUCCGCCACAAGUUAACAUCAAGAAAUGAGCGAAGAAGUUUUCAUAAGUUAUCUGAAGGCUUAAUGGAUGGUUCCCCUCAUUUUCUUCAUGAAAUUCUUCUUUCAGCACAAGCUUUUGAUAUUGUUCUUUAUUUUCCUUUGCUUAAUGCCAUUGCAAGUAUAUUUCAAGCAAAACUACCAAAGACCCAAAAAGAGAAAAGAAAAUCUCCUGGUCAGCCCAUGAGGACCCACACACUGACGUCCCGCAAUUUACCUUUGAUUUAUAUCAACACAAGUGUAAUCAGAAUUUUUAUUCCAAAAACAGAAGAAAUGCAGCCAACUGUUGAAGUUAAUCAGGCAGCAAAAGAAGAUACCGUGGUUUUGAAGAUUGGCUCUGUUGCCAUGGCUCCCCAGGCUGACAAUCCCCUUGGCAGAUCUGUCCUUAGGAAAGAUAUUUACCAGAGAGCCUUGAACUUAGGAAUUCUUCGAGAUCCUGGAUCAGAAAUUGAAGACAGACAAUACCAAAUAGACCUGCAGUCCAUCAGUAUUGGUACUGCACAGUGGGAUCAACUAAAACCAGAAAAAGAAAGUGGCACAGGAGGGGUGCUAACAGAGAGUGAAAGGAAUUCUCAAAAUCCAGCCCUCGAGUGGAAUAUGGCCAGCAGCAUACGGCGGCAUCAAGAAAGAAGAGCAAUUUUGACCCCUAUUUUGACAGAUUUUUCUGUCCGAAUAACUGGAGCACCUGCUAUCAUUUUCACCAAAAUAAUUUCUCCAGAAAACUUGCAUUCUGAGGAGAUUUUAGUGUGUGGCCAUUCCUUAGAAGUGAAUAUAACCACAAACCUGGACUUCUUUCUAAGUGUGGCUCAAGUUCAACUCUUACAUCAGUUAAUAGUAGCAAAUAUGACUGGACUGGAACCAUCAAACAAGGCUUCUGAGAUCUCUAAACAAGAACAGAAAAAAGUGGAUACAUUUGAUGGAGGCAUGGCUGAAACCUCAUCUCGGUACAGUGGUGCUCAGGAUAGUGGAAUUGGCAGUGACAGCGUUAAAAUCAGAAUAGUGCAAAUAGAGCAGCAGAGUGGUGCCAGUCAGCAUCGUAUUGCCCGUCCCUCACGCCAGUCAUCAAUUGUGAAAAAUCUAAAUUUUAUUCCCUUUGACAUAUUUAUUACUGCAAGUAGAAUCUCACUAAUGACCUAUUCCUGUAUGGCCUUAUCCAAAUCGAAAUCACAAGAACAGAAGGAUAAUGAAAAAACAGGCAAGAGUUCAUUAAAUAUCCCAGAAGUUGAUUCAGAUGUUGCUAAGCCCAACCAGGCAUGUAUUUCCACAGUGACAGCAGAAGAUCUCUUAAGCAGCAGCAUUUCUUUUCCUUCGGGGAAAAAAAUUGGGGUCCUCUCUCUUGAAAGUCUUCAUGCAUCCACAAGGUCAUCUGCUAGACAAGCACUUGGUAUAACUAUUGUUCGGCAGCCUGGUCGAAGAGGAACUGGUGACUUACAGCUAGAACCUUUUCUGUACUUUAUUGUGUCCCAGCCUUCCCUGCUUCUGAGUUGUCACCACAGAAAGCAACGAGUGGAAGUAUCCAUUUUUGAUGCUGUGCUUAAAGGGGUGGCCUCUGAUUACAAAUGUACAGAUCCUGGGAAGACUCUGCCUGAAGCCCUUGAUUAUCGCACUGUUUGGCUACAGACAGUGCCUGGAGAAAUAGACAGCAAAAGUGGUAUUCCAUCUUCCCUUAUAACGCUACAGAUUAAAGACUUUCUGAAUGGACCAGCAGAUAUCAAUUUGGAUAUAUCAAAGCCUUUGAAAGCAAACCUGAGUUUCACCAAACUGGAUCAGAUAAACCUUUUUUUAAAGAAGAUUAAAAAUGCUCACAGUUCAGCACAUAGUGAAGAGACUUCAGCCCUGCCCAACACCAUGGCGAAUAAGGAUGAUCUUCCAGUCUCCAAAUAUUACCGUGGAAAGUUGUCUAAACCCAAAGUUCAUGGUGAUGGAGUACAAAAGAUUUCAGUUCAGGAAAACAUGUGGAGAGCUGUUUCCUGCUUUCAAAAAAUUUCUGUUCAAACUACUCAGAUUGUGAUCUCCAUGGAAACUGUCCCCCAUGCUAGUAAACCAUGCCUGUUAGCAUCUCUUUCAAACCUCAGUGGAAACCUUAGUGUCAAAGCAGCACAAAAAGUACCUGGCAUAAUUUUUGGAUCAUCAUUUCUACUCAGUAUAAAUGAUUUUCUCCUUAAAACAAGCCUCAAAGAAAGAAGUCGCAUUCUGAUAGGACCGUGUUGUGCUACUGCCAAUCUGGAAGCUAAAUGGUGUAAACACAGUGGCAAUCCAGGCCCAGAACAAUCCAUACCAAAAAUAUCCAUUGACUUAAGAGGAGGUCUGCUACAGGUCUUCUGGGGUCAAGAACAUUUGAAUUGUUUAGUUCUUCUACAUGAAUUACUCAAUGGAUACCUUAAUGAGGAGGGAAAUUUUGAAGUACAAGUUUCUGAACCAGUGCCUCAAAUGUCGUCUCCUGUGGAAAAGAAUCAGACAUUUAAAAGUGAACAAAGUUCAGAUGACCUACGGACAGGUCUAUUUCAGUAUGUACAAGAUGCUGAAUCUUUGAAAUUGCCUGGGGUCUAUGAAGUUUUAUUUUAUAAUGAAACUGAAGAUUGCCCAGGGAUGAUGUUAUGGAGAUAUCCAGAACCUAGAGUGCUAACCCUUGUACGAAUAACUCCUGUGCCUUUCAACACCACGGAGGAUCCAGAUAUUAGCACAGCAGACCUUGGUGAUGUGCUACAGGUUCCUUGUAGCUUGGAAUACUGGGAUGAACUCCAGAAGUCUUUUGUUGCAUUUAGAGAAUUUAGUCUGUCUGAAAGCAAAGUUUGUGAACUGCAGUUGCCGAAUAUCAAUUUCGUGAAUGACCAGAAGAAAUUAGUAUCUUCAGAUCUUUGGAGAAUUGUCUUGAACAGCAGUCAAAAUGGAGCUGAUGACCAAAGCUCUGCAAGUGAGUCCGGUUCUCAAAGCACUUGUGAUCCACUUGUGACUCCAACAGCCCUGGCUGCCUGUACCAGAGUCGACUCCUGCUUUACUCCAUGGUUUGUCCCAUCCCUUUGCAUUUCCUUCCAGUUUGCUCACCUGGAAUUCCGCCUUUGUCAUCACCUUGACCAACUAGGCACAGCUGCACCACAGUACCUACAGCCAUUUGUUUCUGAUAGAAGUAUGCCAUCUGAACUAGAAUACAUGAUUGUUUCCUUCAGAGAACCACACAUGUAUCUUCGACAGUGGAAUAAUGAUUCUGUCUGUCAGGAGUUCCGGUUCGCAGCUCAAGCCGACUGUAAACUUCUCGAGUGCAGAAAUGUCACUAUGCAAAGUGUGGUGAAACCCUUCAGCAUCUUCGGUCAGAUGGCAGUUUCCAGUGAUGUAGUGGAAAAGCUGCUUGACUGCACCAUGAUAGUUGACUCUGUAUUUGUAAACUUUGGACAGCAUGUAGUCCAUUCUCUAAACACUGCAAUACAAGCUUGGCAACAGAACAAAUGCCCUGAGGUAGAAGAGUUGGUCUUCAGCCAUUUUGUGAUCUGUAAUGACACACAGGAGACACUGCGGUUUGGCCAGGUGGAUACUGAUGAAAAUGUUCUGCUGGCGAGUCUCCACAGUCACCAGUACAGCUGGCGCUCUCACAAAUCCCCACAGCUGUUACACAUCUGUAUUGAAGGUUGGGGCAACUGGCGUUGGUCAGAGCCUUUCAGUGUGGACCAUGCUGGGACUUUUAUUAGAACAAUUCAGUACAAGGGUCGAACUGCUUCUCUCAUCAUCAAGGUUCAGCAACUCAAUGGAGUACAAAAACAGAAAUCUGGUAUUUAUGCUUGUUUCUUCUUUCAAUUUCCUAGAGAAGAAUAUGAUCCUUCAGAUUGUGCGGUUCCCAUCUCAACAUCCCUCAUUAAGCAAAUAGCCACUAAGGUAUACCCUGAAGGCACAGUUAAUCAGAUCCUUGAUGAAUUUUAUGGGCCAGAAAAGUCACUUCAACCCAUCUGGCCCUAUAAUAAGAAGGAUUCUGAAAGGAAUGAACAGCUAAGUCAGUGGGAUAGCCCAAUGCGAGUGAAGCUGUCAGUCUGGAAGCCAUAUGUUAGAACCUUGUUGAUAGAACUUCUGCCCUGGGCCCUGCUUAUCAAUCAGUCCAAAUGGGACCUCUGGCUAUUUGAAGGAGAGAAGAUUGUUCUACAGGUUCCUGCUGGCAAAAUUAUUAUUCCUCCUAAUUUUCAGGAAGCUUUUCAAAUUGGAAUAUACUGGGCAAAUACGAACACUGUGCACAAGUCAGUGGCAAUUAAACUGGUCCAUAACCUGACAUCUCCAAAGUGGAAAGAUGGAGGUAAUGGUGAAGUAGUGACAUUGGAUGAAGAAGGGUUUGUUGAUGCUGAAAUAAGACUUGGUGCUUUUCCAGGACAUCAGAAGUUCUGUCAGUUCUGCAUUUCCUCCAUGGUACAGCAAGGUAUACAAAUUAUUCAGAUUGAAGACAAGACUACAAUAAUCAAUAAUACCCCAUAUCAAAUAUUUUAUAAACCACAGCUAUCUGUCUCCAAUCCCCAGUUUGGAAAGGAGCAUUUUCACGUUCCAGACAGUGCUACUUUUAGCGUUUGCCCAGGUGGAGAGCAGCCUGCUAUGAAAUCCAGCUCCCUUCCUUGCUGGGACUUGAUGCCUGACAUCAGUCAAUCAGUGCUGGAUGCAUCCCUGCUUGAGAAACAAAUCCUGCUGGGCUUUUCUCCUGCCCCAGGUGCUGACAGCUCACAGUGCUGGAGCCUGCCAGCUAUAGUUAGACCAGAGUUUCCCAGACAGAGUGUGGCAGUACCCUUUGGGAAUUGCAGGGAAAAUGGAUUCUGUACCAGGGCUAUAGUGCUGACAUACCAAGAACACCUUGGAGUGACUUAUUUAACCCUCUCAGAAGACCCUAGUCCUCGAGUCAUUAUCCACAAUAGAUGUCCAGUAACGAUGCUUAUAAAGGAAAAUAUUAAAGAUAUUCCAAAGUUUGAGGUUUAUUGCAAAAAAAUUCCCUCUGAAUGUUCCAUUCAUCAUGAGCUAUAUCAUCAGAUUUCCAGUUAUCCAGACUGUAAGACCAAAGACUUACUUCCAAGCCUCCUUUUGAGAGUUGAACUGCUAGAUGAAGUAACAACUGAGUGGAGUGAUGCCGUUGACAUCAACAGUCAGGGAACACAGGUUGUGUUCCUGACUGGCUUUGGCUAUGUGUAUGUGGACAUUGUAUAUCAGUGUGGCACAGUCUUCAUCACUGUGGCCCCAGAAGGAAAAGCAGGACCUAUUGUAACUAAUACCAACAGAGCCCUGGAGAAGAUCGUUACAUUCAAAAUGUUCAUCACUCAGUUGAGCCUGGCAGUGUUUGAUGACCUCAGCCACCACAAAGCAUCAGCUGAGCUUCUGAGACUCACACUGGACAAUGUUUUUCUUCGCAUGGCCCCGGAGGCUGGUCCCCUCCCUAGGGAAGAGCCUGUGGCCCCAUUGUUUGAAUUUUACUGUGUAGAGAUCUACUGUGGGGACCUGCAGCUAGACAACCAGCUUUAUAACAAGUCCAAUUUCCACUUUGCUGUCUUAGUCUGCCAGGGAGAAAAAGCAGAACCCAUUCAGUGUUCUAAAAUUCAGAGUCUCUUCAUAUCCAACAAAGACUUGGAAGAAUACAAGGAAAAAUGUUUUAUCAAACUUUGCAUCACCUUAAGUGAAGGCAGGAGCAUCCUCUGUGAUAUUAACGAGUUCAGCUUUGAAUUAAAACCUGCUCGGUUAUAUGUGGAAGACACAUUUGUAUAUUACAUCAAGACUUUGUUUGACACUUACCUUCCUAACAGCGGGUUGGCUGGUCACUCCACGCACCUCUCCAGGGAUAAACAGAUGUUGCCCGUGCAGGUCACACAGCACGCCAGGGCCUUGGUGAAUCCUGUGAAGUUACGGAAACUGGUGAUCCAGCCGGUGAAUUUGCUUGUCAGUAUCCACGCUUCUCUUAAGCUGUACAUAGCCUCGGACCACACUCCUCUCUCCUUCUCGGUGUUUGAAAGAGGACCCAUCUUCACCACUGCAAGGCAGCUUGUGCACGCACUGGCAAUGCACUAUGCUGCUGGGGCCCUUUUUAGAGCAGGCUGGGUAGUUGGCUCUCUGGAGAUUCUUGGCAGCCCUGUGAGCCUAGUGAGAAGCAUCGGGAACGGGGUCGCUGACUUCUUCAGGCUUCCGUAUGAGGGGCUGACCCGGGGCCCCGGAGCUUUUGUGAGUGGCGUCUCCAGAGGGACCACAUCAUUUGUAAAGCACAUCUCCAAAGGUACCCUCACAUCCAUCACCAACCUGGCCACAAGCCUGGCCCGGAACAUGGACCGGCUCUCGCUGGAUGAGGAGCACUACAACCGGCAGGAGGAGUGGCGGCGGCAGCUCCCCGAGAGCCUGGGCGAGGGGCUCCGACAGGGCCUGUCCAGGCUGGGCAUCAGCCUGCUUGGUGCAAUUGCUGGUAUCGUUGAUCAGCCGAUGCAGAACUUCCAGAAGACAUCUGAGGCACAGGCUUCAGCAGGACACAAGGCCAAGGGUGUCAUCUCAGGUGUGGGGAAAGGAAUCAUGGGGGUGUUCACAAAGCCCAUCGGAGGAGCCGCUGAGCUGGUGUCACAGACUGGCUAUGGUAUUUUACAUGGAGCUGGACUUUCUCAACUUCCCAAACAGCGCUAUCAGCCAAGUGAUCUACAUGCUGACCAGGCUCCAAACAGCCAUGUCAAAUAUGUCUGGAAAAUGCUUCAGUCUCUGGGCAGACCAGAAGUACACAUGGCCCUGGAUGUGGUUCUGGUGAGGGGCUCAGGCCAGGAGCAUGAAGGGUGCUUGCUGCUGACAUCAGAAGUGCUCUUCGUGGUGAGUGUCAGUGAGGACACACAGCAGCAGGCCUUCCCCAUCACAGAGAUCGACUGUGCACAGGACAGCAAACAGAACAAUCUACUCACAGUGCAGCUCAAGCAGCCAAGAGUGGCUUGUGAUGUGGAGGUAGACGGAGUCCGAGAGAGACUGUCAGAGCAACAGUACAACAGACUUGUGGACUAUAUCACAAAGACAUCUUGUCAUCUGGCCCCCAGCUGCUCCUCCAUGCUAACACCAUGCCCUGUGGUGGCUGCAGAACCUCCCCCCUCCACUGUUAAAACAUACCAUUACUUGGUUGAUCCGCAUUUCGCUCAGGUCUUCAUUAGUAAAUUUACCAUGGUGAAAAAUAAAGCCCUGAGGAAAGGGUUUCCUUGAGUCCCCUCUGAGAUGCUGAUUGAUUCCUGCUUGUGUGAUUUAGUUUUUGGGUUUGAGACAGGGUCUCACUGUUUGCCCAUGCUGAUCUCAAAUUCUGGGGUUCAAGCAAUCUUCCCACCUCAACCCACAAGCAGCUGGGACUGCAGGCACAUGCCACCAUACAGGGCUGCCAUUUUUUAAAAAAGCUUCAUCAGCUUUAACAUCCAGUAUGGACACAAGGCCAACAGUUUCUUAUAGCGUCACAGUUUCGUUUAGUAUUUAGAUCCUUACCUUUAAAAGACACUUCAAGGUGACCAAAAAAAAAAAAAAAAAAAUGCUCCUUUCCCACUUGGAGACAAUGAUUAACAGGGCCCUUUAUGUUCUUACCACAUAUAGAAGAUGCAUUUUUUUGUUGUUGUUCUAUGACACUUGCAAAAAUUUCUACUAUAAUUUGGAUCUGUUAACACUGUUCCAUCACAGAAUGUGACCAGGCCUUAGAGUGGAGAACCAAAGUUAAAACCUCAAGCUGCAUCUGUUUUUGUGCUGAGUCACCACCUUGGCCUCAUGCUCCUUUGUCUGCAAAGGCCUAGGAUUCUUUAAAUGAAAUGCUUAGGACUUUGUGGCUUGUGAUAUUUGUCACUUAACUGCAAUGCUAUUCUUUUACUGAAAGCUGCUAUGUAUAUUUCCUCUGAAGUCUGCAUUUUACUAAAAUUUACAAAACACUAUCAUUACUGUCCAGGUGCAUUUUAGAAAAAGUGUUUUUCCAGUUUGUGUUUGACUAAGCAAACUUUGAGUAAAUCUUUUGUCCUUUAUUGAAUCCAGUCCCAAAGUGCUCAAGUGAGUUUGCCUGGUUCCAUAAACAAAACAUACAUCAUGGGAACUCCCUGGUACACUGUGGAGCACACAAGAACCCCAAUAUUAAUGCUAACAAUACCAGUCCAGAUCGUUACUCUGUGGAAUUGACUUGACAAAACAUUAAGAUAUUCCCAGUGUCUAAUAUUUUGCACCUAAGAAUGGGUUUGACUCAAGAUCUUGGGUCAUCAGAUAUCUUAAAUGUUCAGUAAAUCGUCCGGUAACUUAGAACAUGUUUACUGAUUACAUUUAAACUUGGGUCUGCAGCUUGUUACCUACAAUUUUGAGAUGCUAAGAGAAUGCAAUUUUAAAUGCCCAUUAUUGGUUUUUUUUUUUUUUUUUUUUUUGGAGACAGGGUCUCAUUCUGUCACCCAGGCUAGAGUACAAUGGAACAAUCAUGGCUCACUGCAGCUCAAGCUCACUUCCUGGACUUAAGUGAUCUCACUCCAGCCUCCCAAGCAGUUGGGACUACACCACCACCACAGGUAUACACCACCAUACCUGGCUGAUUUUUAAAUUUUUUUCUAGAGAUGAGGUCUCACUCUGUUGCCCAGGCUGGUGGUCUCAUACUCCUGAGUUCAAGCACUCCUCUGCCUCUGCCUCCCAAACUGCUGAGAUGACAGGUGUGAGCCAUCAUGCCCAAUAACCUCUGAUCUUUAAAUCUCACAUGUUGGGCUAAGAAGUCACUCUGUAAUUGUUCCUGGAAAGCAAGGUUUAAUGAACAAUUCUGACUAUGAAAAACGGCUCUUUCAGUUUGUUCUGUAAUACUCAUUUAGGAAAGUGACAGUUGUCAACCUCAAGAGUAACUAUUUUUAAAAAUGUAAAUAAAUAUUAAUCCUUGUAUCUUAUGGUAAUUUUGCAUAUUGAUAUGAACGAUUGUUUAAAAUAAAAGGUAUCCUUGAAUUACUGGCCACCUACAGAUGUCUACUGUUACCAACAGGUUUUACAAUGCCAAUUUUCACUAAUACCCGAGUUUAAUAUAGCUCACAUCACUGUGAAUUUUACACAAGUUAAAAAGGGUAAUACAUAGGUUUUGUUAUCUUAAUAAAGUGACUGAUUAAAUUA